AUGUCGUUUAUAUACUGUAAGUGUUCUUCAACUCCUUCAAUAAUUGCACAAGCAAAAGAUAAAUUAGGAUAUAUUAUUUAUUCCACCGCUGACGUUAAAUUAUCUCCAAACCAAUCAGCUAUAAUUAAAACAGGAAUCCGAUUGAAACCUCCUCAAAGUACAUUCGUACAGUGCUCUGCAAGUCCCAAUUUGUUGAACCGUAGUGUUUUUGUUAUCGCUCCAGUGAUUAAAAAUACCUUCGAUGAUGAAUUCAUCAUCAUACUACACAACUUUAAUAAUAGUGUUGUUGCGAUAAAUGCUUAUGAUGAACUCGCUCUAAUAACUCUUUGUAGGGCGGAGUGUUACCCAGAUGUCUCUACUCCAUCUAGAGGCACAAUCGACUCAGUUGGAUAUGAUUUACAGUCCUAUGAAAAUUUGGUUCUACCAUCAAGAAAAAUAACUAUUGUGAAAACAGGAAUCAAGGUUCAACCUCCUGCUGGUUGUUACGUUAGACUAGCCUCACGUUCAGGUCUCGCUUCGAAAGGAAUUGUUGUUCACGGUGGUGUUAUUGACCCUGAUUAUACAGGGGAAAUAAGGGUAAUACUUCAUAAUUGGUCUGAUGAGGAUUUCACAAUCACAAAAGGGAUGCGUAUAGCGCAAAUGAUUGUCGAGAGAGCAGAAGUUCCUGAUUUGGUUGAAGUGGAGCAGUUAAUUAAUGUUGGUGAGCGCGUUAAAGUUUCAUCAUGA